AGAUUCAGAGGUGGUUAGAUGGGAGCGAGACAUCAGCGGCACAGUCGUCUAUAUCUUUCUGGAGGCUUCACGGUUAGUAGAUCUGCUGUGCGCUGCAUGUGCUGACGCCACGGUGCUGCUGCUACUACAGACAAGAGUGGGCAGGUCGCGUUCACAGUAAUACACAGCUAUAACGUCGCAAACUGUUUUUAUAAAUUGAUAUCACGACUGUGGGACUCGGUGUCUCGGCGUUUUCUCGCGAGCCACCUUUUUCCCCCGUACCAUUCGGUCUCGGCUGAACGUGCACAACAAACAGCUCUAUCAUCAACAGCAGCCGCCGCCGCCGCCGGUCGCGUCGAGUAGCUGCCCCAGAGAAAGAAAGAAGAGAGAGACAGCAAGAGUGCGUCUGUGCUGCGCGCGAGAGUACUCGGUUGUUGUAUCAGACAUUUGCCUUAAUAAUUUUAGAACUAUCCCAUCGAAGAUUAAUUUCCUGUUGGAAGCAAGAUAUUAUUUUAGAAGUUAGACAGUAAGAAGAUGGUCAUGGAGGCAACCCCUUCUCCGCAGAGUGUCGGUCGCGAGUUUGUCCGACAAUAUUAUACUUUACUGAAUCAAGCUCCAGCCCACCUUCACAGAUUCUACAAUCAACAUUCUUCCUUUGUACACGGAGGAUUAGAUUCCAAUAGAGAAUCUACACCAGCAAUUGGUCAAAAACAGAUCCAUCAGAAGAUUCAACAGCUGAACUUCCGUGAUUGCCACGCGAAGAUAAGUCAAGUCGAUUCUCAGCUUACUCUUGAAAAUGGUGUCGUUGUGCAGGUUUCGGGUGAAUUGUCUAACGCUGGUCAACCGAUGCGUCGUUUCACCCAAACCUUUGUGUUGGCGAUACAAGCACCGAAGACCUACUACGUCCAUAACGACAUCUUCCGCUAUCAAGACCUGAUAUUCCCUGACGAGGAAGAAGCUGAUGGCGUAGGCGGUGUGGAAGGUGGCGAGAGCGGCGAGAGAGAGGUCGAGGAGAGCGGCCGAUCCGAGCCUGAGGAAGACGAACAUCCGACUCAGGCUCAGCAGUUGACAGCAGCUCCAGCUGCAACCGCUCCCGAGCAGCAAACUCAGCCGCCGCUCAUCCCGACACAGCAGCCGCCGCUUCAGCAGCAGCCGCCAAUAUAUUAUGGUGGGCUGCCAACUCCAUCGCCACACUUGUGUGUAUCCACGACCAUUCAGGUUCAUCAGGUGCAGCAAGUAAUGCAACAAGUUUUGAACGGAUCAGUGCACGAGGAGGCGUCGCUGAUGAAUCAACAACCGCCUCCACAGCAGCAACAGCCGCCGCCGCCUCCUCCGGCCCAGCAACAUCAGUACAUAGCUGAGCCGACCGCGCAGUCCCAGUUCGUGAAGGAGAAAGAACACGACGGGAACGGCGAGCAGCAAAAACAGCAGAGCGAGGACGAGCAGCAGACCCCGACGGAGGAGAGGACCGAGAAACCUGAGGCGGAAACUUCCUCUCCGAAAGAAGUUGAACCGGAACGGCCAGUUUCCAAUGUCGCCGUUAACAGCAAUGGGCCUAAGACUUACGCGAACCUAGUGAAGUCUUAUCCAAGCACCACAGGCGCUACGAGUCCUCAAACUCCCAAGUUGCCUGCUUCUCCGCCGCCGAUGACGAAUCUACGCUUGGACGACAGAACGCCGUUGCAUCCUGCGAACAAUGGAUCGACGCUGACUGUUGCCGGCAACGUGACUGCAGUUCAGCAGCAGACGCACCGGGUUGGAAAUCCACCGUCACAACAACAGCAGCAUCCGCAGCAGCAACGAGUUCCGAGAGGAGGUCUGGUACAGAGAGAUGGAGAAAGGCGUGGUACAAGACAAUACAGCGAUGCUCAUCAACUCUUCCUGGGCAACCUACCGCACAAUGCAUCCGAAAGCGAUUUACGUCAGGUAUUCGAGCGUUACGGAAGAGUUGCGGAGUUGCGUGUGCACAGUAAAUCGAAUGACAGGUGCAAGGGUCCACAAGGCGGAAACAAUACUGCGCGAGUGCCUAAUUACGGUUUUAUCACAUUCGAAGAUCAGCAGGUUGUUACCAAGGUGUUGAAUUCUUUGCCUAUUUACUAUCCUGACGAGAGUGGACAGAAAUUGAACGUGGAAGAGAAAAAGGUGAGGCCUAGAAUGUCUCUGGACGGUAGUGGUGGAAGAUUGAAUUCCGGAGAUGGUGGCAUACGUUCCAUGGGCGGACAGCAACAGCAACAACAGCAGCAGCAGCGUGGCCCAGGUGGACCUGGAGGAGUAAUGAGAGGCGGACAGCACGGCGCUCGAGGCGGACGUGGAGGAUUCUCGCGGGGAGGCGACGGUGGCAGGGGCGGCGGUGGUAUGCGACAGCCCGGUAACCCAAGCAACCCUGGCUAUCAAAACCGUCGCUAAUACCAGCCACAGUACAGGACAGUUGCAUCCCCCAGUU